AUGUUCUUUGACUACGUCCUCAACGCACUGUACGGGUCGUGCGGUAUCGACAUGUGUUUCUCGCUCUUGCGUGAGCUGAGUGCAAACGAGCUGGCGAUUCCAGACGGGCUGUACAUCUCGCUAAUUGAUCCCGGGACCACGCUUGGUUUUCUUUGUAGUGGUACGCGUGACAUGUGGAUUCACUUGUGUUCAAUCGGCGUUGGAAACUACGGGUAA